AAAUAAUAGUACCAUUUCUUCUCUCUCACAACUUCACAAGGCAGAACCCCAAUCCGCCAUGUAACAAUGCAAAAGCAACUCCAUUUUCUCUCCAACCACAAAUCCUCAUUUACUUAUCCUAAAACGCACAAUUUUCCUUCUCCUCGCCAUGAUUUUCCCUCAUUUUCUUGCUCACGAACUCUUCACUUUCCCUCCCUUUCCUCCAAAACAAACACAGUUUCCCUCCCUCCUAAGCCUCCCAAAUCAACAGAAAUGCCUCCGGUUCCUGCACCUAUUAAUAAUCCUUCUCCUUCUCCGCCGACGCCGCCGUCUCCGCCGUCCCCGUCGACGGCUUCCAAUGCCGAUUUUCAAGAGAAAAUGCUCUACCUCGAUUCAAUUGGCCUCGACAUAUUCUCUCUCGUCGACCACCACUGUCAGCUCAUCCUCUCCGCCUCGCUUGCGGACAUAAAAUCGAUUGUUGAUUUAUUUACUUCUGUGAACUUCACCGCCGUCGAAUUCCGCCGGAUUGUUUCUAUGUGUCCUGAAAUCCUCGCCUCCAAUGCAUCAACUAUCCUCGCUAUCUUCACUUUCCUUCUCCGAGAAGCCCGCGUUAACGGCUCCGACAUCAAGCGAGUAAUCAAUCGAAGGCCCAGAUUGCUGGUCUCCAGCGUCAAACACCGGCUGCGUCCGACCUUAUAUUUCCUCCAAAGCAUUGGCAUAGAAGAGAUCCCCAUUGUUCAAUCAGACUGUUCUGAAAUACUUUUCAGCUUGAUUCAGCAAAUUAUGUGAACCAGAGAAUUGAUGAAGUUCUUCAUCAUUAUUCAUUAAUAAGGUUUUGGGUUGUUCGGCAAAGUUAGCUGAUACAGUACUGUUCUGAAAUACUUCGCUUGGAUUAUUUGAUUAGGCUAUAUUUACUCACUCCAAAUGGAAUUACUAAUAGAGUUAUUACCAUUGGAAUGUGAUCACCUGCAAAUUAAUUCCAUCCACCCAUAGCCAGAAAAAUUGAAUCAGGAAAUGAAAGCUUCAACUUGACAUUUGGAUGCAAUGCUUUAAUAAACAAAUGAUUUGAGAGUUUCUUGUACAUUUCAA